GGGUGCUGGAUGCUUUUAUAAGGAGAUGUGGAAACCCGCGUCACGCUGACAAAACGAGUUUCGCCUCCCAGUGUUGUUGUCAGAGGAGGGAUGUUGCACAUGGUUUAGUUUUGACAGGGAGACUGGCUCGUGGGCUACUAUACAGCUUUUCUGACAUUGGACAGGAACUGGUCGGCCGAACCGACUUUACAUGAUGGACACCAAUUGUCUGCGUUUUCAUGCUUUCUGCUGGUUAGAGUGAAGCUGUGAUGGGUUUGAUGGAGCUGACUUGUGUUCAGAUACCAAACAGACCUUUGUGCUUUUUAUCAACACAAUUUCUGCCACAACAUGGCUGGGAGUCAGAAUAACUCCUGGGGACAACAUGACCUGAACAGAGAGUGCUUUGGCCUGAGUGCUGACAUGGAACAAAACUUGACGGAGCUUCAACAACAGCAAGGAAUGGCCAAGGAAUUUAACUGCAACAUCUCCCAGUCUCCUUUCUACUCUGAUACUUACCGGCAAGCAUCUGACAGCAUACUGCGGCCCCAUGAGGGAGACCAGGUAGUCCCUUCUUCCCAGAGAUGGACAGUGUUUGGGGGCCACCAGAGAGAAGUCAAACCCCUGCCGCCUCUGCCUGACCCUGAGGAGCUCAUGUCUGAUGAGGCAGCCGAUAGUGAGGUGGAGUUUUUUACCAGCGACAGACGCCGCCUUUUGCCCAAAAGCUGCCCUAAGGCCAUGUGCAGGGGCAUGAACAGAGACUGUGGCCAAGUGAAUUACGCCUACAAGGAGAGCUCAUUGCAUGCUGGUGGUGCUGGGACUGGCUCCAUGGCUUUCUCUUGGCCAGGCAGAGAGGACAGACCAUCAGGGAGAGGAAGCGGGUUUUGGGCACUAGCUCUCCAGAGAGAAGACCACCAGCAUGUGGUGUCAGCUGUCAGGGAUACUGUGUGUAGCAAACAGCCAGACCAACACCAAUCAUCCAGAUUCCAGUUUCCCUGUUCAGGCCCUGCUUCCCAGCCUCUCCACAUCAGCAGCACAACCUGCCCCACUGACAAGCCCCUAAUCCCUCCUCGUAUCCCCAUCCUGCAAAAACGUCCCGCUCUCUUAAGGACUGUGAGCGCCAGCCAGGAAGACAAGCCUCCCAAAAUUCCUCCAAGGAUCCCCUUAGUCCCACCCUGCCCACCACGUACCCCGAGCCCCAAAAGCCUUCCAAUUUAUAUCAAUGGUGUGAUGCCUGCCACACAGAGUUUUGCUGCUAACCCAAAAUAUGUGAGUAAGGCAUUACAGAGACAGCAGUGUGAAAGGGUGCCACCUGCAGCUCAGUUUUCUCCCUGCAUUGUUCCAAUUUUGAAGGAUGGCAGACAGGCCAGCGCCACGCACUACAUCCUCCUGCCGCCGGGCCUACCGACGUACUCAGACAGACGAGAAAGACUCCUGAGUGAACCGGCCAGGACGGGAAACAGCGGCGUCUGGCAGAACAGAUAGAAACCCUCGCUUAUGUCCCUGUCUAAAACUUGAUGAGUACAAAACUGUGACUGACAUCAAUAACAAUAUGAUACACUAUUGAACAGAGUGUGUGAAAACAUUUACAUGCUACACUCACAUGUCUAAUGUCAUAUUGGUGUUAUUUUCAAUGACUGAUGUAUUUCAAGACCACUUAUGUCACACAACACUAUGAGGUGUGAGGUCUCCUUUUCUAACUGAACAUUUUACUGGUCAGUAUUUUAGCAUCAUAACAUUCCAGUAUUUUCACUAAUAGUGGAGAAAUAUUUAUAUAACCAUUUUCAAUUUUGGUUUACUCAGAUACUGCAGUUUUCUCACAGAGAUAAUGUCUUAUCACUCAUUCAUUCUGACAGACAUAUGCUAUUACUAAUACUAUAUUUCUUACGAGAGAGCAAAUAAUUACUGUAUGUACAAGCUGGGCUUGUACCAAACUGUUCAUUCCAUGUUUAUGACAAUGCUGCUUGAAAUCUUAAGUAUGAUGUAUUGAUAGAUUUAAUGUUUUGCUGAAUCAUUCUCCCAAUAAUAGUUAUGGUAAAUUUAACAAUGAACAAUGUGGCCAAUAUAAGAACGACACAACACAACCAAAACAUGCUUUGAACUAUAGUGAACCCGAACACUUCACCUGAUAAAACACUUCUUAUUCCCAUGACUUUUGCAGGCAAGUGCACUUCAUUUUCAUUACACAGCUUUCCCUAUCACAAAAAUGUUUUUCAGGUUUUUCAUCAGUAGUGUUUGUAUACACAGGAGUAAAAGAAAGCCUUAAUUUUCAGUAUUUGGAAGUUGAUAAACUUUUAAUCAUUAUGAUGAAUUGUUGUCAUUAUGUAUGUGUAUUUAGCUCAAACAAUGUAUAUAUAUUCAGAAAAGUACAGCUUGGGCCUUUAAUGAUUCUUUAUUUGUGUGUGGGCAUGGAAAUCAUGUUACGUUUUAUACUGUUAAGGUAUAGACCCCCCCCCCCGGUUUACAACCUUUGUUACAU